UGGUGCAAUACCAUUAUCAUGAUUAUUUAAGAAAAAAGAUCUUCAGACUUGCUUCAUUCUAUCUUGCGGAGAAAGACGUUCUAAAUUAUGGUAAUUUCUGGCUCAAAUCUUUUUCACAAUUGCACUUUUGUGUUGGAGUUUGAUAGUUUGACAAGAUUCAAAGUGAAGCAGUGUUGGAGGAGAAAGAUAACUGAAAAUGGAGGAACUAUAUCCUACGUUUUUACUCGUAAGACAAACUAUGUUGUGCUAUUUGGAGAUAUGCUGGAAAAAUCCUCCUAUAAACAGAGGCAAGCCGUGCGAUACAGUGUCCCUGUUGUUCGAUGUGAGUUCAUCACAGACAGUAUAGAACAGCAAGAGAUUCUGCCAACAGCCAAGUACGAAGUGGGAGAGCCACUCACUGGAAAGAAUUUCAGAAAAGGACGAAUAACAAAAUUACAGAAGGCUAAAACUUACCUUAAUGCAAGGCAUCAGAAGGCCGUGAAUUUAAAUGCCAUAAAAUCGUGGUCAUUGGAUGAUCCAGAGGCCCCUUCUCCCAAUGAUGAUAAAUAUGAAGUGGCAAAAUGGGCUCUGCUAAAGUCCUCAAAAAUGGUUCACAUUAUUGAGGUGCAUGCCCUGACAUCUAGUGAGAAGUUCAGACUUUAUCAUCAAGGGGGGCAACUAGAUGGAGAGCAUAUCCAGGCUAGAGAGGGGCCUGUAGUUUGGUAUCUGGACUCUGCAGAUGAAGUUCUAAUUUGCUUUGAACAGUUAUACAAGAGGUACACAUCAGGUCUGAUGAAUAUGGAGCCAUGGCACACACCCAAAUUUAUCUCCAAUCAGAUAGGAUCCCACAAACUGAAGAUGAUUUUGGAUGAUAUUUGUUCCAUGCACAGUGACCUUGAUCCAGAUGUAGGUCAGUUUGUUGAGAUGAUUUGGAAUGAGGCAAUACAGGAAGCCGAGAAAAUGUUAACCAUCUCCAUGCAGCAUACAAAGAUAGAUAAAGUGGAUGACGCUAUGGCCAUUUUAAAGCAGAUCAAGCACAUUAUGAAGGAGAACAAAUCAGAUAACUGCUUGUCAGAGCUGGUGGAGAAGUUUUAUAGGGAAGCCCUACCCCACAAACAGCAGUACAUAACACAUGACCUGAGCCCUAAGAUGAUCUCAGAGAAACUAGAUCUUUGUCAGCUGAUUUAUGAUGUACUGACUGUCAGUGAAGCCACAGAUUUCUCUCCUGCUGCCAGCACUGUUGCUAAGUACAAGGCUCUGAGAUGUCACAUGACAAAACUGAACCAAUCAAACACCAAAUUUCAAGAUAUUCGAAACAUCUUCAGUAAUAGAGAACAAAGCAUCACAAUCCACCAUGUUUUUGAAGUUGGGAGAACUGUAGAGGACAUUUUGUACCAGGAAAUAUCUGGCUCCAUAGGGAAUUCUCAGCUGCUGAUGCAUGCUUCAGGGCCCCAGAAUCUCCUUGGUAUUCUGUCAAGGGGACUACUUUUACCUCAAGCAGUAGAAGAAGAACAUGGGAUUACCAGAACUGAUGGAGGAAAGCUUGGAUAUGGAAUCUACUUCUCCAAUUCAUUUGAAACCUGCCUUCACUAUGCCGAGCCCAGUCGUGACACAGGAAUGAGGAUGCUGAUAGCCUGUGAUGUCGCGCUAGGAAAUUGUUGUGACUGCACCACUCUACAAACUGAUCUUACAGCACCACCUACUGGAUACCACAGCUGUCAUGGUGUGAAAAUGACAGAAGAAAAUGUAACAGAUUUUAUGGAUGAUGAGUUUGUGAUAUACAACACCUCGCAGCAGAGAGUUAGAUAUGUGGUUCUCUUCACGCUCCCCAGUGAUCCACCCAUUUCUACAAUCACGACAAGACCUGAAGUUGAGGAAAACAUGGCAGUUACAUCAAGUUCUAUUGAUAUUACUGACAUAAAGAACCUCCCCGAUCCCCUCUCUAAAGUGACCGGCGGUUUAAUCGGCAGUAAAAAGUCCAUCCAAAUCCCACUACGAGGGGUUCAUAUCAGGGCCAAGGUCAUGGACAUGGUAGCAAAGGUGGUGGUUUUGCAGGCCUAUAAAAACAAAAUAACAGAGCCUAUAGAAGCUAAGUAUGUGUUUCCUCUAGAUGAGACUGCUGCUGUGUGUGGGUUUGAAGCAUUCAUAAAUGGAAAGCACAUAAUAGGAGAAAUCAAAGAAAAGAAGACAGCACAUCGUGAGUACAGAGAGGCCAUUAGCAAAGGUCAUGGUGCAUAUUUAAUGGAUGAGGAGGAGCCUGAUGUUUUUACUGUGAGUGUGGGUAAUCUCCCCCCAAAGUCUGAGGUCCUAAUAAAAGUGACAUACAUCACAGAGCUUAAGGUGGAAGGGGACAGUAUUGCCCUGACCAUUCCAGCAACAGUAGCACCCUGGGUCACAGAUUCAGCGCUCGCCCAACAAACUCAGUCUGAAACCACCGUUGUACAAGUCCAUGACCCGAUGGAUUGUCAGAUAUCACUACAAGCUGCCAUAGAGAUGCCAUUUGAAAUAAGGUCACUGAAAUCAAGUACUCACAGACUGAAGUACAAAAAAACUGCCACUAAGGCUGUAGUGGAGAUUCCAAAGAAAAGUGAGUUUACAGCAGGAUUCCAGCUGAUGAUUACCUUAGCAGAGAUCCAUGUUCCUCGCAUGUGGGUAGAGUGUCAUCCAGAGAGAGACCAACAGGCUUGUAUGCUUGCCUUCUACCCAGAGUUUGAGGCAGCCAUUGACCCCAGCCCAGAGGUCAUAUUUCUACUGGAUUUGUCAAACUCCAUGAAGGGGGAUCCAUUCAGAGAUGCCAGAAAAGUGUUAUUACUGGCUCUGGACAACCUGCCAGAGAAGGCUACCUUUAACAUUGUGGCUUUCGGGUCUUUCUUUAAAGAGCUCUUUCAGUUUCCUCAGAAAAUUACAAAGAAUUCCACAGAUGAGGCCAUAAAAUACCUAGAGACUGCCAAUCCUGUGAUGGGAUGCAGUGAUGUGUUGUCUCCCCUGAAAUCUUUUAUCUUGCUAAGCCCUGCAGAGGGCAGCAGGAGCCUCUUUUUGAUUUCUGAUGGAUUUGUUGGUAACAAGAGGGCUCUAUUUCAAACUGUUGCCACUAAUGGUGCCAAAAAUAGGCUGUUUUGUCUGGGAGUUGGGAAUAAUAGAGACAGUCAUACAUUACGUAGCUUGGCUAAUCAUGGAGGGGGGACGUAUGAGUACUACAACAGCAAAACAAAGUCAAAAUGGCCAGACAAAAUUGCAUCACAAGUAGAACAGGCCACAAGACCAGGCAUAUCUCUCGUCCAGGUGGAGUGGGGUACGUCCACCAAUAAGCAUGAUCCACCCCUCCAGGCACCUUGUCGGAUCCCUAGUUUAUUCAGUGGUUCCAGACAAGUGGUAUAUGGAUUUGUCAGGAAUUGUACACAGGCAAAAUUGAUGGCAAAUGUUGAUGGACAAAAAUUUGAAACCAUGGUUUCAACAACUGAACUUAAUUUUACUGAAGGAAAGAUGUUGCACCAGCUUGCAGCCAGAGCUGUCAUUAGGGAUUACGAAGAUGGAGUUCUGAGUGACUGUAAAGUGGACCACAAGAUGAUAAAACAGGAAAGGAAGCAGCACAUCAUUGAACUCAGUAAAGAGUUUGGUAUUGUGACUCCAUAUACCAGCUUUAUAGCAGUGGAAGAAAGGAGUGAGGGGGAGGUAACUGAGGGUCCAAGCAUUCAGGAGUUGCUGGACUUGGAAUCUGUGGAUAUUUUAACAUACAUAGGAUGGAUGAACCCAGACAACAUGGAUGACAAGGAGCCUGUACAUUGUGUGGAGGAAUUGCUGAGGAAGGCCAGCAUUGCUGAGAGCUUCUCCCAGAUAGAGGCCGAGCGGUGUUACCUGUCUGUCCUCGACUACACAGCGGACCUAAUGGAGGAAGAAAAUAGAGACCUAGCAGAAAAGGUUCUGGAGGCCAUUGAUCAAUUUUUUUCCAGUCAAGAUUCUGAAAAUGCCAGAAAAAUUCAGUAUCAGUUCCAUAAAUCUCUUCCCGUUCCUAAACCACUGAUAGUGAAAACCCUGACGGGAAGAUCUAUACAGGUUACAGCUGGAAAUAUGGCUGAGUUGAAAUCCGAAAUCAUGAAUAAAGAGGGCAUACCAGAGGACUGCAUACGGCUGAUUUACAAUGGCAAACAACUCCAAAACACUGAUAAUUUAGGUAUGCCUGCAAAUUCCACCAUAUUUCUAGUUCUUCGUUUGAGGGGAGGGCCAGGUCCAUCAGAUUCAGAGACUCAACAGAUUGCUGCACCUCCACCUGGAUUGGAACAAGAAUCAUAUAUCACUUGUAUGGACAUGGCAGUUGAAGAUGGUGUUACAUCCAUGUCAUCCAGGAAACAGCUUUUGGAUGUGAAUUUACUAGGGGAGGAAGAUGAGAGGGAAGAUUCCAACAUGGAUAUUGCUGAGACAAGUGAAGAUUCAACUGUGGAUGUUGUUGGAAUGAGUGAAGAAGAAAAAGAUGAAAUUAAGAAACCUGCAAAACUAAAAUCAUUACAUGUUACAGAGGUGAGUGAAGAAGGAAGUGAGAAGGAGGAUAAUGAGAAAACUUUGGGAUUUAAGACCAAGCCAUUGAUGCAUUCCAAAGGGAAGAGUAUGAGUGACCAGGAUAUUGAAAAAGAAGAGGAUUCAAGUGAAGAGGAUAUAGGUUUAAUAGAGGAAAGUACAAAGAUUAUUUCAUCAAUAAAAGAGAGUGGAAAAUCAGUAGGGAGGAAAGAUAGGGGAAGAGGAUUAGGAAUACACACCAAGCCAUUAAGCUAUUCCAAAGGAAAGAGCAUGAAUGAUGAGGUUGAGGAAACAGAUUCCGAUGAGACAAGUGAAGAGUCAGAUGAGGAGAAGGAGGAAGAGGGCAGAAUGCCGUCCAAGCCAUUGUUCACCAAAGGGGCUAGACAUGUUUAUGUUCCACAGAGCAUGCAGGUGUUGCAAUGUGACAGAUUUUCUUCUCUGCACCUUGGUAAGGCUAUGAUGGUACAUCACGCAAACACUGAGCGUGAACAAAAGAAAGAGCAGGAACGCCUGGAGAAAGAACGUAUGAGAAGACUCAUGGCUGAGGAUGAAGAAGGUUACAGGAAGUUGAUUGACCAGAAGAAGGACAAACGUCUUGCCUAUCUGCCGGCUCAGACAGAUGAGUACAUCUCUAACCUGAUGACUCUGGUGGCUGAACACAAGGAGGAUCUGAAGAAGAAAAAACAGAAGCGACGUAAGAAGAAGAAGGAAGACAAACUAGAGGAUGGAGACUCUAACAUGAGUGAGAUAAGAGUAUCUGUGAUUGAGACAUCCACAGGGAGAGUUCUGACUGGUGAUGAGGCUCCACUGGCAAGUCAACUCGAGGCCUGGCUGGAAUUAAAUCCAGGAUAUGAGGUGGCGCCUCGGGAGGAUGGAGAGGAAUCUGGGUCAGAAGAAGAGGAGGAGGAGGUUGAACAGGAGGAAGUGAUACCAGCCAAGCCAGAAAAAACUUUACCCAAGCUUACUAGCCCUGAUGACAUUGAUGAAGGCUUGGCUCAGGAAGUCAUAAAUCAAGCCUCCAAAGAAGUGGAUGAUGAAUAUCACCGCAAUGCCACCAAGACAGAGGAGAAAAGUUACUAUGGAGUGGCUCACACGGUCCAUGAACAUGUCACUGAACAGGCUACCAUCAUGGUGAAUGGAAAGCUCAAGGAAUACCAGAUGUUGUUGCAAUCCAAAGAUGUGAACAAGCCAAGAGAAGAGCUUUUAUGCAUAAAAAAAUUGUGUAUGAAAUCUGAAGACUCAGAGUCAUCUGAUCAAAUGGAUGAUAAUGCAACUAAUCAGUAUCUGAAGAGUCUUGAUAAAAGCACAGCUUAUUUUGACCCAAAAUCUAGAGCCAUGAGAGCAGAAACUUCUCUAACUGGGACUGAACCAGGAAUAAUCCAGAAUUCUGUCCAAACAAUGAUGGAAGAGUCAUUACACUUUCUUGAUUUUGAAGAAGAGGGUUACAGAAAGUUGAUCCAGAACGUAGAAUCCCUUGAACCAUUAGAACAGCUGAAUGAAGGAUGGAUGAGUACGUAUGGAGAGCCAGAUGAAGAACAAGAACAACUUGACAUGUUUGCAGAUGUUCCAAUUCCAGAUUUAAACACACCUGCUGGAAUAGCAAUACCUAUGUUUGAUGAACAAUUUUCUGCAUCAUUGCCAGCAAAUAAUCAAUUUUUAACAGGGAACAGAUCAGCUUCACCUACAUAUGGUGCAAUUUCACAACCACAUGACUUUAAUACAAUACUAUAUGAUUCCCCUGUAUACAACCCAAGUCCACCAGCACAUAGACGGAUAAGUCCACCUGCAGCAGGAUAUGCUCCAACUUCACCUCAAUACAGUCCAACUACACCAGCAUUCUAUCCAACUGCACCAGCAUACAGUCCAGCUUCACCAGCGUAUAGCCCAACUUCACCAGCACAUGUUCCAUCUGCACCAGGAUAUGGUUCAACUUUGACUCAAUGUAUUCCAUCUUCAAAAGAAUUUGAUACAACUUUAGAAGCAUACAGACAAAGUGCACUAACAUACAAUGUUGCAGCUGCUGAUAAAGCAGUUGUAAAUAAAGCUGUAAAUGACUCUGACAGUAGUGACAGAGGAAUUAGUCUAGAAAGGAGACCUAAAAGUAGACAAAGAGAUCUAAACACAGAGAGGGAGUGUGAGAGAAGUAGAGACAAAGGUUCAGAAAUGGAUCAAAGCAGGAAUGGAAGAUUACAGACAUACCAAGGCAGAUCUAGAAGUCGAGACAGGCCAGUCUCUAAAAUGUCCAAAAAGAAGAGUAGGAGCAGGAAAUCAAAAAGGAUAUUUAGUAGAAGUAGAGAAAGAAGCAUGGACAGAUACCAAGAUGGAAGAAGAAGCAGAAGUAGAGACAGACGCAUGGACAGAUAUCAGAAGAGAAGCAGAAGUAGAGAUAGAAGCAUGGACAGAUAUCAUGAUAGAAGCAGAAGUAGAGACAGAAGCAUGGACAGAUAUCAGAAGAGAAGCAGAAGCAGAGAUAAAAACUUGGACAGAUAUCACAGAAGAGGCAGAAGUAGAGACAGAAGCUUGGAAAGAUAUCAUGAUAGAAGCAGAAGUAGAGAUAGAAGCUUGGACAGAUAUCAUGAAAAAAGCAGAAGUGGAGAUAAAAGAUUGGACAGAUAUCAAGAUAGAAGGAGAGACAGAAGCUUGGACAGAUAUCAUGAUAGAAGCAGAAGUAGAGAUAGAAGCUUGGACAAAUAUCAUGAUAGAAGCAAAAGUAGAGAUAGAAGCUUGGAGAGAUAUCAUGAUAGAAACAGAAGUAGAGAUAGAAGCUUGGAGAGAUAUCAUGAUAGAAGCAGAAGUAGAGACAGAAGCAUGGACAGAUAUCAGAAGAGAAGCAGAAGCAGAGAUAGAAGCUUGGACAGAUAUCACAGAAGAAGCAGAAGUAGAGACAGAAGCUUAGACAGAUAUCAUGAAAAAAGCAGAAGUAGAGAUAGAAGCUUGGACAGAUAUCAAGAUAGAAGGAGAGACAGAAGCUUGGACAGAUAUCAUGAUAGAAGCAGAAGUAGAGAUAGAAGCUUGGACAGAUAUCAUGAUAGAAGCAGAAGUAGAGAUAGAAGCUUGGACAGAUAUCAUGAUAGAAGCAGAAGUAGAGAUAGAAGCUUGGACAGAUAUCAUGAUAGAAGCAGAAGUAGAGACAGAAGCUUGGACAGAUAUCAUGAUAGAAGUAGAGACAGAAGCUUAGACAGAUAUCACGAUAGAAGUGUCUUGAAGGAAUCAGAAAGAUAUAGCAGAAAGAGGGACAGAAGCUGUGAGAGGCCUGAAAGUAGAGAGAGAGUCUCACGGAGAGUAGAAUACAGAGGUAGAGAUGGUAGAAAGAGAGAUGAAUCAUCAGAUGAGGACGAAAGAGAAGGAAGUGAUAGAAAGGAAGGUAUGGAUACCUCUGAGAGGCGUGAUCACAUGGAAGCCAAAAUUACAGAGGAAAAAUUGAGGACAAGGGUAAUACAACUAGCAGAAGAAGAACUGCUGCAGUCCAUUUGUAGUUAUCCAAGCCAGUUUACGGGAUAUGUCCGUAAUAAACAGAGGGAAGACUGCUUUAGAAAAGGAUCUUUGUUUUGUCUGCAAGGUAUUGGUAAAAUAGAAAAACAAACAUGCUUUUCUGUUGAACUAUGGACCGUUCGCCAUCUUAAAGACCAGAAAAGAUUAAUCAGUAUUGACUGGUCUGAGACACUGUACGUGAAUUUUGUACCGGGAUAUCUGCUGAACUUGUCAGGCCUGCAGCCAUUACUGAAGGACUCAGUCACUGCUUCUGUGUAUCCAGCAAAAGCCCAGCCAUCAGUGAGCAAACUGGAUGUAGUUCUAACAUCCGGACUGGUUGGAUGCAUUGAAACCAAGCAUAAAACAGAGGAAUUUGCCCUUGUGCUGAUAGUGAAGAUGCACCCCAAUCAACCCAUUUCACUUCUUAUCCCACCAGACUGUGAAGCGGUGGUCACUCAACUCCAGUCCCUUGUCGGGCAACAUAAAGCCAAGGUAGCUGAUCAUUGUAACAGACAGAGGGAAAUGGCUGCUUCAGAUAAACCAUACAUUAACCUGUGGGGGAGUCUGAAAGAAUCGCCAGCUGACAUGGAUCAGGACAAACUACCACCCCUUGAUGAGGUUGGACUGUGGAACUUGGAUGCUAUGGAAGCAGUUGGAAUUAACCAAUAUAAAUUGGAACAGCUGCUGAAAAACCAGGGAAUUCUGUCACUGCCUAAAUCUGUUCAGGAUGAGGGCCUUCCUGUACUUUGUACAUUCCUGAUUGGGGUAUUUUGGUUUAUGCAUGAAUACAAACAACAAAAGCUACCAAAAUGGCUGUGCAAGUGUGAGAACAUUAAGGAGAUAUCCGUAGAUGCAUCGUCAGUAAUUGUUCGGCUUCAGUGUAUGGAGGAACUUAUCAAUAUACAGUUUAAUUUUCCCCCUGAAGCAUAUAUUCGGCUUCAGAAUGGCAAAUCAAAAUGGACACCCUACAUCAGACAACUGGAGCUUGGGAAAAAUCUAACACACCUUGUGGACUGCCUGUUACAGGCAGUGUAUGAUUAUGCAUAAUGACAAGUUGGAUGAUAUUACUAACUGUGAUACUGAUAUUAUUAACUGUGAUACUAAAAUUUCAUGAUUAUUUGUUAGGAAUAAAUUUGUGUUUAUAUAAAAUAUGUAAGAUUUCUUUUUCAUGCAUGAUAUUUAUAAAGUUAUAAGAUAAAUUCCACUUUUAAUUUUAUAAUUCAUCUAUGCACAUACUGUAGACGUACUAUUUUUAGCAUGGAAUUGAUUUCCGCUAUAUACGCAAACACAUUUUUUCCAAUGAAAUUUGUCACAGCGUACUAAAGAUUCAUUAAGGACAUAUUACGACAAUCAAAGAUAUCUGCAUGAUUUCGUACUCAGGGAUUGAAUAGAAAUUUUGUUUCUGCGGAGUUAUGACCCUAAGAAUUAAGUGCUUUUACAGUAUACAUUUAUUGACUGAGUUCGAGGGCAACAUGCGUUUUGUCGGACCCAAGGAGCAAACUCUCUGCCUGAGGCCUACCAGCCUCAUGCAGACAGUUUGGUUCGAGGGUUGACACAUCACAUUUUGCCCGAGAACUCUGUCAAUAAAUGUUUUGUUAUACCUUUCAUUUUAAUUUUUUUUUUACAUUCAUGUAUUUUGAACUGUAUACUGUGAUGUAACCUCAGAUUCAUCAC